UCCUCAAGACUUCACCAUGCUGCAGCUCUACAAGGACCUGGACCUCGAGAUCCCCGAGGGCGUCACGGUCGAGCUGCACGCUCGCCAGGCCACCGUCAAGGGCCCGCGCGGCGAGCUGACCAAGAACGUCAAGCACAUGAACAUGGACAUCCGGCACAUCAAGUCGCCCAAGGGCGAGAAGCUGAAGUUCAUCGUGUGGCACGGCGGCCGCAAGCACGUGGCCUGCCUGCGCACGGCCAAGGCUGUGUUCGCCAACAUGAUCAAGGGCGUGACUGUGGGCUUCCAGUACAAGAUGCGCGCCGUGUACGCGCAUUUCCCCAUCAACAUCAUCAUCGGCCCCGACGGCAAGAGCGCCGAGAUCCGCAACUUCCUCGGCGAGAAGCGGGUGCGCCACGUCACCAUGGGCGAGGGCGUGACGAUCCGGGAGGACACGGCGCAGAAGGACCAGGUCAUCUGCGAGGGCAACGACAUUGAGCUCGUGUCGCAGUCGGCAGCGCUGCUCCACGGCCAGUGCCUCGUCAAGGACAAGGACAUCCGCAAGUUCCUCGACGGCAUCUACUGUGCGGCCAAGGGCUCCAUUGUGCAGCAGGAGAUCUAA